AUGCCAUCAACUACCAUCGAUAUAUCGUCAUGGAGCCAUAUUAGUAGUUUAAAAUUAGCUGAUCCAAGUUGUCAUAAGCCGUCUCCGAUCGAUGUACUCCUUGGGGCUGAAAUAUUCGCUUCACUAUUAUUACCCGGUAAUAUUGUUGGCACUCGAACACAACCUUCAGCCAUUAACAGUGUUUUCGGUUGGCUUCUUACCGGAUCUCGAAAUAUCGCGUUGCGUUGUUUUCAUUCUCUCGAACGAAGAUUGGCUAAAAAUCCCGAUCUUAGACAACAAUACGUUGGCUUCAUGAAAGAUUAUUUAGACAGCGGCCACAUGUGUCGAAUUCCUGUUGAGGAAUUGGAUUUAGGAAAAUAUUACAUACCACAUCAUUGUGUUCAGAGGCCGGAAUCGCGGACAACAAAGCUAAGGGUUGUUUUUAACGCCUCGUCAAAAGAUGCAGUCGGUGUUUCACUCAAUGACACAUUGCUAAUUGGACCCAAACUUCAAACGAACAUCGUAGAAAUCCUUUUAAAGUUUCGAUUUCAUUCAGUUGUUUUUACAUGUGACAUGCGACAAAUGUAUCGAAUGAUUUCACUAUUAGACAGUGAUCGUGAUUAUCAACGUAUUUUUUGGCGUUUUAAUUCAUGUCAGCCUAUUCAAGAAUACCGGCUUAACACUGUCACAUAUGGUGUAUCAUCGGCGCCGUUUUUAGCAUGUCGAACUGUAAAACAAUUAAUCAUAGAUGAAGGAAAAGAAUUUCCCCUUGCUAGCGAAGUUUUAUCAUCGCAGCUGUAUAUCGACGAUAUAGUUUCUGGAUUCGAAAGUCUUGAGAAAGCUGUUGCAGCAAAGUUGCAAGUCAUUGAACUCUUAAAGAAGGGUAAUUUUGAAUUACGAAAAUGGGCAAGUAAUGUUCCUGCCCUUUUAGCUGAUCUUCCACCAGAACACUGUCUUACCUCAACAGUCACCCUUGAUGUAGAUGACAAUCACACACUUAAAGUGUUAGGUCUUAAGUGGAAUCCGCACAAUGACUGUUUUUUUCUUUACAGUGAAUCCUCAGCCACGAAAAUGUACGAAGAGAAACAUCCUCAGUGA